CUGAGCUUUCCUCCGCUCCUCUCCUUCCUCCACCCGCCCUCCUCUUCCUCCUCCUCCUCCUCGUCUGCUUGCAGCGGCUCCGGGGUGCGGAGAGUCUCGCCGCCCCUUUUCUUCCUUCCUUCCUUCGCCGCCGCCGCCGCCGGCGGGGGGGGAGGCUGCUGCUUUCCUCCGUGGCUACCAUGGCGGCUCCGGGCAACAUCGUGUCCGUGAUGGCGAGUAAAACCAAGACCAAGAAGAAGCAUUUCGUGGCCCAGAAAGUCAAGCUGUUCCGGGCCAGCGACCCGCUGCUCAGCGUUCUCAUGUGGGGAGUCAACCACUCGAUCAAUGAACUGAGCCACGUUCAAAUCCCUGUUAUGUUGAUGCCAGAUGACUUCAAAGCAUAUUCAAAAAUAAAAGUAGACAAUCACCUUUUCAACAAAGAAAAUAUGCCAAGCCAUUUCAAAUUCAAGGAAUAUUGCCCAAUGGUUUUUCGUAACCUGCGGGAGAGGUUUGGAAUUGAUGAUCAAGACUUUCAGAAUUCUUUGACAAGAAGUUGUCCACUUGCUAACGAUUCUCAAGGACGGAGUAGUGCCCGAUUCCACACCUCUUACGACAAAAGAUACGUCAUCAAAACUAUAACAAGUGAAGAUGUAGCAGAAAUGCACAAUAUACUCAAAAAAUACCACCAGUUCAUAGUGGAAUGUCAUGGCAACACCCUACUUCCCCAGUUUUUGGGCAUGUACCGGCUUACCGUUGAUGGAGUUGAAGUAUACAUGAUUGUUACAAGGAACGUAUUCAGCCAUCGUUUGUCUGUUUAUAGAAAAUACGAUUUAAAGGGCUCUACGGUAGCAAGGGAAGCCAGCGACAAGGAAAAGGCUAAAGAGCUGCCAACAUACAAAGACAAUGACUUCAUCAACAAUGGUCAGAAAAUUUACAUUGAUGAAGCUAACAAAAAAAUGUUCCUGGAAAAACUUAAAAAGGACGUUGAGUUCCUCGCUCAGUUAAAACUCAUGGAUUACAGCUUACUGGUUGGGAUUCAUGACGUUGAGAGAGCAGAACAGGAGGAGGUAGAAUGUGAAGAGAAUGAGGAAGAUGAAGGAGAAAGUGAUGGGACUCACCCAGUAGGAACACCGCCAGACAGUCCAGGAAAUACUUUGAACAGUUUGCAGCCUUUAGCUCCAGGAGAAUUUGAUCCAACCAUUGAUGUUUAUGGAAUAAAAUGUCAUGAAAAUGCACCUAGGAAGGAAGUAUAUUUUAUGGCCAUCAUUGACAUUCUUACUCAUUACGAUGCAAAAAAGAAAGCUGCCCAUGCUGCAAAAACAGUCAAACAUGGCGCUGGUGCAGAGAUUUCCACAGUUAACCCCGAACAGUAUUCAAAGCGGUUCUUGGACUUUAUUGCCAACAUCUUGACGUAACCUAAUGUUCCAUUGGACAGAUACCAGGUCUGGGAUCAGCAGCAAUGGCUCCAAGUGUGUUAAGGGAUAAAAGCUUCUUUUAAACGGAACUCUGAAGUGCUCUCUCGCAGAAGGCAGCCCCCUUGUUUACAUCUGCUGGCAAAGAUGACCGACUGGGGUGAAAUAUUCGCUUUAACAGCUGCCUGAUUAUGCCCAGCAUAGUUCUAGCUAUUCCUGAUGUGUGUGUGUGAGUGUGAGUGUGUGCGCGCGUGUGUGUUUGAGUGGGCAAAAACAAAUAUAAAUUAACUAAUUAUUAAAAUAGAUCAGCUUCUUACUCAGUGUGCAUUGCAACAACAACACUCCAUGGAUACUAGCUGAGAUGGUAUGAAUGGACAAAGGCCUUUUUUGGGUGGGGGGGGGAGAAGGAAGGAGUAUGUGCAUGUUAAGUUCUACAAUAUUGGUAUGAAGAGUGUAAACUGUGGAUCAGUUUAUCUUUUGAACUGAGAAGUUCAAGACAGUAUUGGUGGUGAUGACAACUGUGUCCUUUCUGCACAUGUUACACUUAGCAACCCUGCAUGUUGGCACUCUUUAAGAAUAGCUCCACGUGUUGGAAGCCUUCCUGUUGGCGACAUUUUAAUUUUGGUUUUAUUAAAUCAGCCCAUCACAACAGGAAAUAAGUCUUCCAGGAACUGAGAGAUUAGGCUCUUGUUUUACUAAGAUCUAAUGCUGUGAUCAUGCUGUGUGUUCUUUGCCAAAGGUAAACAUUCUUCGGGGCAGGUGGGAGGGGAAAGACUGUUUCACAGUUUUACUACAUGAAGAUUUUACACUGUAUGUUCAUUGUAUACAAACUGAAUGCAUUACAAAGGAAAUCAGAUAGGCUUUUUAGAAGAGGUGCGUCAUUUUGGGCAAUAAUAGUGUUUUCCACCACAUGAACAAAGGAAUAGGAAAGUCUGUUCACCUAUAGUUGAUCAAAAACAAGGCAUUUAAAUCCUUAUCUAUGCUAUUUUUAAUAUUACAUUAAAAUACUUCUUUUUUAAGCCCUAAAUUUUACUGUUUACAUUAAUAGGAAAACAGGGAUGCUUUUGAGUUUGUGCACAGUAUGUGAAUCUGAAGUUUACAUGUAAAGUUAUUUUGCAGUACAAGAUGAAGUAACAUCUUGAAAAGUAAUAUGCAGUAGUGUGUGUCAUUCACCUCCAUGAUAGAAGAUCUCUUUUUACAACCAACAGUGACAAUUAUUUUUGAAGUAUUCUUUUAGGUGGUAUUUUUAUUAUCUUAAUAAUUAUUAGCUUUGCCUUUUUCCCAAAUUAUUUUGUUUAUCCCAUUGUCUGAAGUUGUGCUGUCACCUGUAACCUGUUCAAAAGAUGUUUCUUUAAAAAAAAAAAACAGUCCUGGAAACAAGUUCCAAAUUUCAGACAUGACUGAAUUAGAUGUACUUACAGUUAUAUUCUCUGCUUAUACACUGUGCUAAAAUUGUGCCUUCUACAAAUUUUUCUUGAAACAAACAUUCAUAGGCAAUCCAGAAAAAAACAACGCGCUCUCCCGCUGCAAGUUGUAACUUAUCCCAAGGGUGUCAGGUUGCCUUCACCAAUAAUGUAAACCCAGUGCUGUUAAAAUGCAGCUGCAUGUAAUGUACGUGUAGUCUUAACUUUGCAGAAUUCUGACAAAGUAACAGCUGAUCUUGCUGUUUUAUAUAGCCAAAGGCAAUACCAUCCUUAUUAGCCUACAGUUUUUAAAACAAGGUUUUGUUACCUUUGUUUAACAUAUCUAAGUCAGGUGUCCCACCAACACCACCAAACAUUAUGAACCUUGCAACAUGAUAAAUUGUUAAGAAGAAUAACAAGCACUUCCAAUCUUGUUUUUAGCUCAAAAUUGUUUGGGUUAUUUUAAGGUCUCCUUUUCUACAUUAAACAAGUUUGUAAUGAGAUAUACACUGGAUAUUUGAAACUAUCCAACUUUGAUUGAUUAUGUCCAAAACUGGGAUUGUCCACAAUCUGUGCUGAAAUCUCUUUCAACUCUCAUUGAAGAAAAAUUGUAGCUGAAGGGUAAAGUGCCUGUUUUGCAUGAAGAUAGGACCUGAUUCUGCCCUGACAACUGUAGCCAGGACUGGGGAAAGACUCCUAUCUGAAACUCUGUGGAACUGCUACCAGCCAGUGUAGACAAUACUGAGGUAGAUGACCUAAUGGUUUGACUUGGCAUAAGACAGCUUCCCAUGCUUUCCUUCAUCAGCAGCACUAUUAGUGCUACCUACUUUUUUCUUCUGCUCUUUGGGCUUCCUAGCUAUACAGAUUAGUCAUGACUACAUGAAGGAAAUGGCACAGACCACAUAUAUGUCCCACCAUUUGUAUUAUCCUUCAUCUUGGUUGCUGUGUUUCUUAAUGAAGAUGCUGGCUCCACUCUUCUUUUAGCAUUGUUGAAAAUCUGAAUGGCACAUUCAUUUCCUUAAUAAUGCUAGUUUCAUUCAGCAUCUUAGAGCAGCAGCAGUUUCUGUCUCAGGCUUUGAUGGUCCAUUGAAGCCCAUGAUACUCAAAAUCACAUCCUUCAAUUUCAGUUAUUCUGAAUGAUGAAAUUAGAAUAAUGCAAAGAACAACUUUAAAUCAUUGAUCUUAAACAUGGGAUAGUUCAUACACAUAUUCUGUUUUCCCACAUACUGCCCUUUUUAACUAUAUUACUUCAGUAUAGUACCUCUUUAGGUUCUGUUUAGUUUUCAUAAGAUUUGUGUCUCAGGAAAUCCCAGUCUUCAUAAAUGUACCCACCUUUUCAUAGGAGGCACUGCUACAAGUUCAUAGAGUUCAACCUAUCUGUUAGAUAAUUUGCCUAGGAAUGAUAGCUCACCAGUUUUAUUGCCAUAUUUUUAUCUAUCUGAGUUCCUCCUGGUACGAUUGGAUAUAUUAUAUACUGUCUACUUGGGUAGACUUUUGCCACAAAUGCUACCCCCCUGUGACUUUUAAGGCUUAUAAAUAAACAUUAAUUUCUACUGUG